CGCUAGUAUUGACCUCUCUUGUGAGUCAAUUAACACGGUUUGAGUUCAUUGAAUUCAUUGAGCAAUUUCCAUGGUUCUUGUUGACUAUAGCAAGUUCUUGUCAGAUCUCAGCUUACAGUGAGGCAUAUUAUAAUUAUUUUGGGUCCAAUUCUUAUUCAAGCUCUUCUUCACUUUGGCUCUUUCUUCUGCUAUUGUUCAUCAUCAUCAUCACCUUCCAAUAUAUGACAUGACGUUCUCAAACUUCUUUUUCCGUUUCUCUCGUGUUUCUUUUUCUGUUAAUGCAUGUCUGUACAGGGAACAAGCACCGUAGUUUUCUCCGUACCAGUUGCUCUUGUUUUUUAAUUUCCCCUUUAACAUCUAAAACAGCUUUUGCGUCAAUUUGUUAUACGUUGAUUUAAGGAGCAUGGAGGGAGAAAGAAGGAAGAGAAAAAUAGAAAAUGAAGAAGAAAACGAGGAGCAGAAGAUCGAAAGGUUCUUUGCCUUGAUAAAGAGGACAAAAGAUGUUCGGGAUCGAUUGUACAAGGAGACUAAGCAAAUGGAUGGAGAAAGGGAAAGGAGUAUCUGGAACCCAAAGUUUGAAGUUGAAGACUUCAUUGAUUCUGGAGAAAAAAUGCCGGAGACUGGUAAAGUUUCAGGUUCUCAUCAUCAUGAUCUUGCAGGUCCUUCACACAAAGAGCUCGUACUCGAAAAGAAAGAAGAUUUGCAAGAUGCAACACGAUUGGUUCAGGCUGAGGAAGAUAAUGGUGAAGAGAAAGACAAAAGAAGUGAGCAUUUAGACUUAAAUCUUUCGUUAUAAAAUUAUAAUUAUAUGCAUAUAUAUCUGAUGAACUGGUUAUGGAGUAUGAUCCAAUGACUAUGAUAUUCUGACAACCUUAAACACUGUAUUUAACCCAGUUUUUGGUGGCUACAUGAUGAUGAUUUUGACCCUGUACUUGUUAUGCAUUGAAUUGAAUUGAAAAGAAGGAAGAAGCUACCAUCUUUAUUAAUAUCUUUUUUCACAAGAGUUGAACAUCUAAAGUUAUCGUGCUUGGUAAAUUAUGCGAACACAGAUUUUCGUCGUAUCUCUUGUGCGGACUGAACUGCGUAUAAUUAAUUCGGAGAACAAAAAUAAUAUAUAUAUUAUGAAAAUAUUAUAUAAAAAUAUCAGUGUUAAUAUAUCUUUGCCAUCGUUUGGAACCAUGAAUUCAAUUUCUUCAUCUGUCUAAUCAG